AUGUCGUCGAGCUUUACUGAUCCGAUCGAUAGCCAAAGUGAAUCAGAAAAUAAUUUUAUUACGAGCUACAUGAUGGAAGUUGAAGAUGACGCUCCUUUGGCUACCGAAGCACAAGGCGAUCAAGAAUUAAUGCAACCAUACCAAGACGAACCAAUUGCUGACACUGAAUGGGUAGAAAACUAUUACGAAGAAAGGCGCAAUCAAGACGAUAGGCUUCGAGUACUUAGAGGCCGGCUCGAAGGACGUGUAUCUGUUGAAGGCUGGUGUGGAUGUGGGAAUUGUAAAACCGACUUGUUGCAAAACGAAAAAGAGAGUAAAUGUUGCCAAGAAGUAGAAGGCUGUGGCGAGGCACUCAGCAGUGAUAUUAUCAUGCAAGAAAUGAGUGCGGUCCCUAAAUGCAUCACACUUCAUCCUGGCUUUAGCGAUCCACUCCUUGCUCCAGCUACCAAUAAGAAAUUGUCAAAACAUCCAACAUUACUACCUGGUGAGAAGAUUUUGCUGCAGCAAGAUGCAAUAUGUGUUGAAACAUAUCUCUCUCCUGUGGAAGGAACGUUGCAUCUUACAACAUUUAGAGUUAUAUUCAGUGGUUCAUCACCGGAUGUAGAAGACGAGGCCAUUGGUGGUGACCACCAUACAUCCCUUGUAUCCAAGAAAAAUAGCAGUCAGUUUGGGAAAAAGAAAGGGUUUUCAGAUACACUUGAGAGGUUUAGAGAAAAAGCACAGCAUUUCCAAAAGAACUUGCAACAUUCAAAAUCAUGUCGCACGUUAAGAUCGACUUACAAGGGAAAGUCACAAUUUACAUUGAACAGAUCACAUGAAAAUAACGUCGUUCAAACUUCCUGUGGAGAAAAUUUAGACGACAAUUGUAAGUUGAUUUCUCUACAGCCCGUAGACACACCGGAAUCCGAUGAAACAGAGAAAGAUCUUGUUCAACAUGACAUCAUCGUAUCUAUUCCAUGUACAAAUGUUUACGAUAUUCACAAACUACCUAAGAACUCACUCGUGAAGGACCCGAGAUUUUUUGGGUUUGGUGAUGGCAUUGAGCUCAUGUGCAGUACUCUGCAGGUUUAUAAGUUUUGUCUUCCACAAGGUUCUGAUUACAAUGCGGAUAAACUCGCCGCAAUAUUUUCAAAGUAUACAAAACACCUGGUAAGUUUUUUUUUAUCAAUCAUUUAAUAAGGUUUGCU